AUGCGUCGUGCGCCGGCAACAGCACCAGCGCCAUCAUUCGACAUGCCGAGUAACUGGAUUGAUUGUGUACACACUGAGCCGGAGCCGCGCUUCUGGGCUGAAUAUGGAUCGGGUCCAGGGGUUGCAGUUUACGGUUUCCCCUCAAAGGGGGGCUUCUAUGUUCUUCGCGAGUGCGUUGGGGUAGAACUGGAUUUCCUCGGGAUCGACCGAUUCGGGAACACCGAACGACCAUCCAAGUCAGACCCUGAUUGGCAGGCCAAAGAGGAGGCACAUUGUGAUCGUAUGCGUCGCUUAGGCGCGAGAUGGUUCGAGACGAAUCGGGAUGAGUUGAAAUUCAUGUUCUUUCGCACACGCGAGGAUACGGAUCCGUAUGUUUCCUUCGGCUGGCCAGACGGUGGUGGUGUUUGUGUAUUGAAUACCACAUACGGCCGCGCUAGUGAACUGGGCACAGCUAUAAUCUUUAAUGCGAAGGACAUGGAGGAACGCUGUGAAUUGAUCAAGAGAUUAGGCGGCAUCUUCUACGCGGAUCCGAGCGACUGCCCAUAUCUUAAUCUUGAUUAA